AUGACAUCUUUUCUUCAUCUUUCAACUCUUUUUUUGACAUCUUCUUCGUCUUCUUUAUCUUCUCUUUUUUCUGAUAUUUUUGUUCAUUCUUGUUCAUUUCAUCGCCCCUUUUUCCCAUUUAUUGUUUCGCAUUUCUUUCUCUUUCACUUCGUAAUUAAUUCCAUAUUCUUCGAUGUCUUUCGUCAUCUAAGUUUCUUUCUCUUCACUCCUUUUUCAUCAUCAUCAUCAUUCUUCGUUCUUCUCACUUCUUCAUUUUCUUCGCUUUUUCUUCUUCUAUCUUUCUUUCUUUCUUUCUUUCUUUCUUUCUUUCUUUCUUUCUUGCUUUCUUUCUUGCUUUAUUUAUUUAUUUUUCGUCAUUUUCGUUUCUUUUCUUUCUUCUCCUUCGGUUCCUUCGCCUAUGUCACUGAUUCUUUCUUUCUUUCUUUCUUUCUACUUCUUCCCAAUCAACGUUUUUCUCCACCUUUUCCUUCUCUUUUUUUCCUUCAUAUUCCUUUUCCUCCUCCCCCUUCAUCUCCCCCACCCCCUCAUCAUCAUCAUCACCACCACCUCCGCUUCCAUUCCCAUCUUUUGCCCUAUUCCACCGACUCCUUUUUUUACAAUUCCAUUUUAUCCUUCACUUUUCCUCUACUUCUUCAUGUUAACUAUUAUUAUUAUUGCUGCUACCUUUUCAAUUCUUUUUCUUCUUUCUUUCUUUCUUUCUUUCUUUCUUUCUUUCUUUAUUUAUUUAUUUCAUCCCAUUUUCAUUUUCGUUUUUUCUUUUCUCCGCUUCUUUCUCAUACGUCUUUAGUUUCCACCCCCAUGUCUAUCUGUUCUAAUUUUUCUUCAAUGCUAUAUAAUCUAACAACACAUGAUUGUAUUUCCUUCCUUCCUUCCUUCCUUCCUUCCUUCCUUCAUUCCUUCCUGCCGGCCUGCCUGCCUGCCUGCAUGCCUGCCUGCCUGCCUGCAUGCCUGCCUUCCUUUCUUCCUUCCUUCCUGCUUCCAUUCCUACCUUCCUGCCUUCCUUCCUUCCUGCUUCCUUUUUUCCUUCCUUCCUUCCUUCCUUUCUUCCUUCCUUCCUUCCUUCCUGCCUGCCUGCAUGCCUGCCUUACUUUCUUCCUUCCUUUCUACCUUCCUUCCUUCCUGCCUGCCUGCAUUCCUUCCUGUUUUCCUUCCUUCCUGCUUCCUUCUUUCUUUCCUUCCUUUUCCUUCCUUCCUUCCUUCCUUCCUUCCUUCCUGCCUGCCUGCCUGCCUACCUUCCUUUCUUCCUGCUUCCCUUCCUACCUUCCUGCCUUCCUUACUUUCUGCUUCCCUUCCUUCCUUUCUUCCUGCUUCCCUUCCUUCCUUCCUUCCUUCCUUCCUUCCUGCCUGCCUGCCUGCCUGCAUGCCUGCCUUACUUUCUUCCUUCCUUUCUACCUUCCUUCCUUCCUGCCUGCAUUCCUUCCUUUUUUCCUUCCUUCCUGCUUCCCUUCUUUCCUUCCUUCCUUUUUCCUUCCUUUUUCCUUCUUUCCUUCCUUCCUUCCUUCCUUCCUGCCUGCCUGCCUACCUUCCUUUCUUCCUGCUUCCCUUCCUACCUUCCUGCGUUCCUUACUUUCUGCUUCCCUUCCUUCCUCCUUCCUUCCUUCCUUCCUUCCUUCCUUCCUGCUUCCCUUCCUACCUUCCUGCCAUCUUUCCUUCCUGCUUCCCUUCCUUCUUUCCUUCCUGCUUCCCUUCCUUCCUGCUUCCCUUCCUUCCUUCCUUCCUGCCUGCCUGCCUGCCUGCAUGCCUGCCUCACUUUCUUCCUUCCUUUCUACCUUCCUUCCUUCCUGCCUGCCUGCAUUCCUUCCUUCCUGCUUCCCUUCUUUCCUUCCUUCCUUUUUCCUUCCUUCCUGCUUCCCUUCCUUCCUUCCUUCCCGCCUGCUUCCCUUCCUUCCUUCCUUUCUUCCUUCCUUCCUGCUUCCCUUCCUUCCUUCUUUCCUUUCUUUCUUCCUUCCUUCCUUCCUGUCUGCAUGCCUGCCUUACUUUCUUCCUUCCUUUCUAGCUUCUUUCCUUCCUACCUGCCUGCCUUCCUUUUUCCUUCCUUCCUACUUCCCUUCCUUCCUUCCUUCCUUCCUUUCUUCCUUCCUUCCUUCCUUCCUUUCUUUCUGCUUCCCUUCCUUCUUUCUUUCCUUCCUUUCUUCCUUCCUUCCUGCUUCCCUUCCUUCCUUCCUGCCUUCCUUUCUACCUUCCUUCCUUCCUUUCUUUCUUUCUGCCUGCUUACCUUUCUUUGUUACUAUCCCCUUUCAUUUAUUCGAAUCUUCUUUCUGCUCCGCCACCCCCGCUCCUCUUCGACAUCAUCUGCACCUCCUUUUUCCUCCUUCUCCUCCGACAUCGUUUUUUAUGUUUCCCUCUUCUUCUUCUUCUUCUUCUUAUUAUUAUUAUUAUUUCUUUUCCCUGUCCCUUUCCUUUUAUUCCAUAGCACUUUUCUGGAAUGUUAUCAGUCUCUCCCUCUCUCUCUCUCCCUCUCUCUCUUCCACCCCUACUUCUCCCUUUUAUCAUCAAGACAUAUUUUUGUCUCCGCCCUCCCCGCUUCUCUUUGACAUUAUCUCCACUCCCUUUUUCCUUCUUUCCUCUGUUACUCCGACAUCUAUUUCUCAUUAUCACUUCUUCUUCUUCUUCUUCUUCUUCUUCUUCAACUUAAUCUUCUUCCUACUUUUUUGUUAUAUAUUUCUUUUUGCACGCCAUCUUUCACAUUAUCCUUUCAAUUUAUCCACUUCUUCUUUUUCUUCUUCUUCUUCUCCUCCUCUCCCGCCUUCUUCUUCUUCUUCUUCUUCUUCUUCUUCUUCUUCUUCUUCUUCUUCAACUUAA